CGACCGGCAAGGCGCUGAAGUUACUGCGGAAUCGAUAAAGAGUUCAGAAUGGAAGCCAGUCAUAAACAGCUUAUUUAUCUUCGCAAUAAUCGGCCGCCGCGAGCGCUUGCGACGUGCGACAAAUCGUUCUGGGGCUUCAACUGCAGAUGAUCAAUGUUGGAAGGAUGGUAUUGCAGAUCCAUUGCCAACAACAAUGCAGAUGCAGAAGAAGAAGACGAUGAGGAGAGUCCCGAGGAAGAAGUGCCUAACUAUAAGGACCAGUAUCGUAACCUCAAAAGGAAGCUGAAAUUUUUGAUUUAUGAGAACGAGUGUUUUCAGGAAGCAUUGCGUUCUACGCAACGAAAGCUGCUCAAGGUGAAUAGGGACAAGAGUUUCCUGCUGGAUCGCCUGCUGCAGUAUGAAAAAGUAGAUGCGUCAUUCAGCGAGAGCGAUGAGACCGAAUCGUCGGACGAGGAAAUUGUUCGUCUCGACAAUUCCAAGAAGAAGAAAGUCGAGAUGAAUAUCAACAAUCAUACUUCUCAUCAUUCGUCAAUGGUCACAAAACCACUCAGCACUAGCAAGAAGAAAAGGAGCACACCAAAAGUUGCUAAAACGAACAACAUACCUAUAGUACAAUCCUCGAAUAAUAUAGUUCCCAUGUCCUUGAUGUCUGAUGGACACAUGACACCCGAGGAGGUAGAAAGGCACUUGGAAUCUCGUCAGACAUAUCUGGAACUUGUGCCAGAGAAAGCACCGCCGACAGUUCCAACAGAAAUGUUUAGUAACGAUCCUUCUUUGGACAGUGAAUCAAACGAAAUCGGAGAACUUGAGACGUCGCCCAGUAAUAUGGGCGAAGAUUGCCUCAGCGUGGACAUGAUGGCGGAGUGACAAACAUUCGUUUAUAGUUUACUCAUUAAUUAUAAAGUGCACAUAUAGUUACAUGGCUCUUUAAGAUUAUUUCACGCGACUAACUCAACUGUAUCCAGUAUAUAUAAUACAAAUUUUUAUACACACGCAAUAAUAAAGGAUUAUCCUAACU